AUGCUCUUCAAAAGACUGUUAUCUUCAGCCAGAACACUGGGUGAUAAGUACAUAUACUUUGGGAACCCAUCUCUAAAUAGACAUUCAUUCCUAAGAUCUGAUCAACAAUUCAUAACCAAUGCAAUCAAAUCCAAAGAUGCUAAAUAUCUGUUAUUCAACAACUUAUUACCAAUUGCUGAUAAAGAGGCUAAUAAAUUCUUUGUUACAGGUUAUGAUAAAUUAGGACCUCAAUUGACUAAAGAAAUUGAUCAAUGGUUAAAUUUCAAUAAUGAUCCAUUGUCUACAAAUGGUGCACGUCCUUCAUUAUUAGUACAUUUCUUAGGUCUUUCUGAGAAGAAUGGUAAAUUAGAAACAGCAAGGGAAUCAGGGUUUCAAUAUAAGGCAUAUCAUGGUACCCCAUAUUUUGCAAUUGAUAUUGUUAAAUCUUCACAAGUCCUCAAAGAAUUAGAAUCAAAUCAUCCUAAUGUUGAACCAUUGGUCACAAGAGAAGAAGUGAACAAACAUUUAAACAAUUUUGAAGCUUCAAUAUUUGCACAAGGGAAAAUGUAUUUAGAUUGGUUAUCAACAACACAAUUCUGUAGAGGUUGUGGAUCAUCAGUUGUUCCAAUUAAUGCCGGGUCAGAAUUAAAAUGUACAUCAACAAAAGAAAAACAUUGUCCUGUUAAAGAAGCACCAGUUUCAAAUGCAAGUUUCCCAAGAUUAGAUCCUGUAUUGAUCACAUGUGUUGUUAAUCAAGAUAAACAAGUUUUGUUAACUCGUUUACCUAAAUUCCCUCAAGGGUUAUAUUCAUGUAUUGCAGGUUUCAUUGAACCUGGUGAAACUGUGGAGAAUGCGGUUAAAAGAGAAGUUUGGGAGGAAGCUGGUCUUCAUGUACAAAGAGUUGAAAUUAUUCAAAGUCAACCUUGGCCAUUCCCUGCGAACAUUAUGAUUGGAUCAGUUGCUUAUGUGGAUACAAGUGAAUUAGAUUUAUUGCAUGAUAUGGAAUUACAAGAUGCUAGAUGGGUUGACAAAGAAAUUAUAACUGAUAUUGUUUACAAAGGUACUGAGAAUAAUGAUCUAACAUUGAUUGGACCUGGGUUAGAUUUUGGUAUUGCUAAUGAUAAAACUUUAGCUACAAAUUUAUAUAAAUAUGCAGUAGACAACAUCUUAUGA